AUGGGCCAGUUACCCGCUGUAAGAGUUACCCCUGCACGUCCAUUUUUACGUAGUGGAGUUGAUUUCGCAGGUCCUAUACAAAUGCGCACAGCAAGAGGUCGUGGACAUAAGUCGUACAAAGGGUACAUUUGUUUAUUUGUUUGCAUGUGUACAAAGGCUGUGCACCUUGAGGCAGUAAGUGAUCUUACAGCACAAGGAUUUCUUCAGGCAUUUAAGCGAUUCGUGGCCAGAAGAGGGCGCUGUGAAGACGUUUGGAGCGACAACGGGACAAAUUUUGUUGGGGCUUCAGCGGAGAUCAAGAAAUUAUUCUUUCAUGAAAAGGCAGGUAUGCUGCCCGAGAUUGCAGAGAUGUUGGCAAAUAAUAAUACAACUUGGCAUUUUAUACCACCGCAUGCUCCCAAUUUUGGUGGUUUAUGGGAGGCUGGAAUCAAAUCAGCUAAAAUGCAUCUGAAACGCGUUAUCGGCACCUCUACUUUAACUUAUGAGGAAAUGUCAACUGUUUUGGCACAGAUAGAAGCAUGCCUUAACUCAAGACCGCUAUCGAGAUUAGAUACAGAUCAGGGAAAUGUGGAUAUCUUAACACCGGGACAUUUUUUAGUAGGUGAACCUCUAAUUAAUGCUCCAGAUCACAAUUAUGAGACAUCCAAUAUAAGCUCUCUUAGGCGAUGGCAGUAUACUCAACGUAUGAGUCAAGAAUUUUGGCGCAAAUGGUCUAGGGAAUAUUUGAACCAGUUUUUUCAUAGGUACCGAUGGUCAGCCCAAACAACACAGCCUAAAAUCGGGGAUAUUGUUUUAAUUAAGGAAGACGGUCUCCCCCCAUGUCGUUGGAUCUAUGGUCAAAUAGUUAAAGAACAUCCAGGUCAGGACGGAAUCUCGAGGGCGGUCACAGUUCGAUGCAAACAUUCACAGAUUAAGCGUCCCGUUAAUAAAUUAUGUAUUUUACCCAUAACUGAAUGA